AUGAUCAAGAUAUUAGAAGAUAAGUUAUCUUCAGCCCAGAAAGAUGUAAUUUUGAUUCAAAACAACUCAUCAAAAAAAGAAACUGAGAUUACAUCGCUCAAAUUCAAAAUAGCAAAAUUGGAAAAUAUAAAGAGUGAAUUGGAAUUAAAGGUCAAUGAACUUGAGUAUCUAAAAUCAGAGGCUAUAUCAAACUCUGUACUUGGUAGAAACGAUAAAAAAAAUAUGACCAAGUUUGAUAAUAUAUCUGCAGUUAUUAAACCUAGCAAAAAUCUUAGACAAUAUUUUGUAUACAGAAAAACACAAACUAGCACUUUUGGUACUUGCUUCAUUAAUGAUAAGAUUACUGAACUACCAAAAAUUGAUACAAAGGUUAAUUUUGAAGUAAAGAAUAGAACUAGUAUUAGUGAAAUUAACAAGAAUAAUAUACUAGAUAUAUUGAUAAAACCUAAUAGAUUACAGACUAUAUCUGAAAAU